AUGGAAACGACGCCGACGCACUGGAUUUGCUCCCGCAAGAAGACCAUGCGAUGUCUCGCCUGCGCGCGGACCAACAAGCGCGGCGAGGUUUAUUUUCUUUCAGCCUUUUUCCUGCCAUCGAGAGCUGGGAAGUCUGUUCUGAUAUUUCAAUUCAACAAGUUUUGGGUGAACAAUCAGUACAGAGACAAGUUGAACUGGGCGUGCCGGGACAAGGACACCAAAGGGUGCCUGUGCCGCGUGCAGACCACGAUGGAGGGUCACUUCAUCCGCGUCAAGGGAGGCCACAACCACGAGCCUAACUUCACCCCUCAAAACUUCGACGCACCGACUCUCCCGGAAAAACCAACCAACCAAACUAACGACUUUCUCCAAAGAGUGUGUGUUACAGUUUAUUGGGGUCGCUCGCGCUACGGGAAUCCUGUUCUGGUGAUCGACGGGUUCAGGUUCCGGCGAAGGAAACCCACCGUCCAGGGCCGCACGACUUGGAUCUGCAUCAAGUCCGACCUCGGCUGCAGGUGCUACGCCGUCACCAUGGGCGACCGAGUCAUCGCCGUUUUGGAUUCAGUUACAGGUGCACCGAACCCACCUGAGACGCCACCAACUCUUGGGCUUCCAUUCCCGUUCCCGUGUUUCCCGGGGCAGUUCCGUUACUGCCUGAGCAAGCGCGGCAAGCCAGCGAUCGAGGUGGGGGCGCACCGGUUCUGUUUCAACGGGCGCGCGGCCAGCGGCAAGGUCUGGUGGCGCUGCUCUCGGAACCCUCGCUGCCGCGCCGCAGUGCACACCUUCGGCCUCCGCGUCGUACAAAUGAACAGCGCCCACACCUGCGGAGUGCGCGCCACCCCUCUCAGACCCAUGUUCUAACCACAACAGGCCAGCCUAGCAGCUGCGACUCGUAAGAGCUUUCCAGUAGAAAUUUGAGAUUUCUAUCGAUCUGGUCAUUGAAGGCAUAAUGUAGAAAUUAGGAUGAGAUUAGGAAUGCAUUUCUUCUAAAUUUUAAGGCGAGUGACGGAAACAGACUUGCAAAUCGUAAUUUAAUUGGCGCGAUGUGUCAAUUUUUGACGUCAGCCGUUGGCCACCGGCGAGUAAAAUGUUGUUGGGUAUUGGCACAGACUUUUGAUCUCACCGCGAUGGUAUGGCGUGUUAAGCUGGAUUCAAGUUUAUUCUUUUCAUUGGAAUGUUAAUCUUGCUCUUGUGCCUUUAUGCCGGUGGACCACAAAUUUUCCAACAACUGAUACGCUUUUACCUUUUUGAACUAUACUAAUGAUGCGAUUUUGCAAACUUUAGUUUGCGCAUUUUAUCUUAUACAUUUAACGAUAUUCUCCAAAGAGAUUAUUAUGAAAAUAAUUCUAACUUACGUAGAAUUUGCGCUGUGUAAAGUAUACGAUUAUUUUAUAGGCUUUAGUAUAUCGGCCGCUUGCGCAUUUAUGACUUGAGACUGUUUGAUAUUAUUAAAUUACCUAAGACGUUUAUUCGAGUCCUGCAUUUGGUAUAAUCAUUCUUAUGACAGGACGGUCCGAGGAUUCCGUCAACUGGGACCGCAAUUAACUGGGACCGCGGUCCCA